GAUGUCCAACCGGGAUAUUUUGAAAAGUCUCGCAAGCAACGACCUCCACCGUGACCUUCAGUUCGCUACCUCUCCUCGCAGCGUCACGCAUCUCGCCCAGCACAUUCAAAAUGCUCUCCCGGACUUCGAGCGCCCGCCAGGCCGUCGCGGCCGUUGCCCGCCUUGCCCGCCCCCAGAUGAGGACCUUCAUCGCGCCCACCGUCUCGCGGAGAGCCGACUUCGUCCAGGAGCUCUACCUCAAGGAGCUCAAGGCCUACAAGCCCACCCCCAUCAAGGAGUCCGACUCCAUCGGCCAGGUUGCUACCUUCAACCUCCCCAAGACCCCCAAGUCUCCCGAGGAGGCCGACCUUGCCUCCAGCCUGAAGGAGUACGAGAACAUGGCCGUCGAGGUCGAGGGCCAGGAGGGUGCCGAUGCCGCUGCCCCCGCUGCCGUUGUCGAGGACUGGCUCGUUGAGGAGGAGGAGGAGGGUGGUGCUCACCACUAAGCGACUCGUCUUGUCUCGUUCGGUACUCACUCAGUCACUUCGCUCCCGAUCAUCCAAUCCAGACAUCGUUUAAACUCAGUCUCUCCGAAAUAGACCCAAAUUCGAGAUUUUGAGAAAGAAAGGAGAGAACGGAAAAAAAAGUCUACGAGAAAGAUGGAAACAGGUGUUGCGAUCGAUCGAUACCCCCUGGUCAGCCAGUGUCUUGAUAUAUCCCAUGCGCGGAUCAUCCCAUCGUUUCCAGCCUCUCCUCCCUCAGCUCUCAAUCUUAUGCCAACUACCGACACGACAUGAGCUUGAUGACGGUCUGAUGGUGUUGUGCGCAUGUUUCACAUGGCGCUCCCAUGACUGGAGAGGAACUUCUUGCCCAUUACUGGAUGAACGAAACCAGCCCCGUGUGUUUGUAGAGGAGUAAAAUCCCAUGUAUAAUUUCCAAUAUAGAGUAUAAGGAGUCAUGAGCCCACAUAACG